AUGGCUCUCAGUUUGUUUCUCCUAACAUUGGCAUUUACUCAAGCCAUCAACGGCAUACAUCAUGCAGGCUCUUCGACGGGAAUACAACAACUCCUGAACGAUUCUGAAUCAACGGUGGGUGGAAUACCGUUCGCAACAAGGGCAUACUGGAUGCGCAAAGCCAACAAAGCACUCCCCGAUCUGGGCUCGCCUUGUCCCUGGGCUGCCUUUGGAUCUGUCGUUACCAAGGAGAGACGUGGUAGAGUGAACAAGACAUGGGAAAUCGCGGCCAUUACGAACUGCACCGACAUUCUAACGAACAAGCAUGGCCGCUUCAAAUUGACAUCCCUCGAAGCGCUGGAGGCGUUCAAGGAGUUUACUCUGUAUACCAAUGCCGAAAGCUGUCCAAUGUGCGCUGCUGCCAUCCGUUGGGCAGGGUUUAAAGAAUACGUCUAUGGAACAUCGAUGGAAACGUUGAUCCGAAUGGGAUGGCCCCAGAUUCGCAUUUCAUCGCGGGGGGUUUUUGAGCACUCGACUGGCCUACCUUCGUCGUCAAAUAUCAUCGGAGGAAUUCUGAUGAACGAGACUGAUACAUAUUUUUGCAUGGCAGUUUGA